ACGAUAAUUCUACGCCUCUGGUAAGAUAGUCAGCUGGCUUCAAGUUGCUAACGCUAGUUUGAGCGAUUGUCCAAAUUAAAUAUCGAAAAGUCUAGAAAACAUAAGAAAUAAGAAAAUUGCGUCAUAAUUUUAAUUAAAAUCGAUAAAAAUGUUGUUGGCAAAAGUUUGCCGAAGUACAGUACCACCUCAAAUAAAAUCUUUUCUGAAAGCACCAGUGGUACCUAAAGUAACUCGUGUGCAAGCUGGUAGAUUGUUUGCGAGCGAUGGAAGAACUGUUUUUCAAAGAACAGCUCGUAAAAGAACAACAAUUGUUGAAGAUGCAGUUGCCCCAGCAGGCCAAACCGCAUUCAAAAUUGGCAAAGGAUUUGCUGCUGGUAGUGCUGUUUUAGGACUAGGAGCUUUAUGUUAUUAUGGAGCAGGUCUUUCAUCUGAAAUAGGUGCUAUUGACCGUGCGUCAUUAUGGCCACAAUAUGUGAAAGAUCGUAUACAUACAACAUAUAUGUACUUUGGAGGCUCUAUUGUUGCUAGUGCAGCAUCUGCAGCAUUAUGUUUGAGAUCACCAGCAUUUAUGAGGAUGAUGACACAAGGAGGAUUACUUGCUCUCGGUGCUACUCUUGUUGCAAUGAUUGGAACAGGAAUAGUUGCACAGCAGAUUCCUUACCAGGAAGGCUUUGGUGCUAAACAAGUAGCAUGGCUCCUUCAUUCGGGAGUUAUAGGUGCUGUUCUUGCACCUAUUUCACUUUUAGGUGGACCUAUCCUUAUAAGAGCAGCUUGCUAUACAGCUGGAAUUGUUGGUGGUCUUUCGGCUGUAGCCGUAUGUGCACCAAGUGAAAAAUUCCUCAAUAUGGGAGGACCACUUGCUAUUGGUUUAGGUGUUGUAUUCGUCAGUUCUAUUGGAAGCAUAUUUUUACCACCGACUACAGUUGUUGGAUCUGGGCUUCAUGCUAUGUGUCUCUACGGUGGACUUGUUCUUUUUUCUGCAUUCUUACUUUAUGAUACACAAACAAUUAUAAAGCGAGCUGAAACGUAUCCCGUUAGUUAUGAACAAUAUGGUCGCCAAAGCUCUGUGAUCCCCUACGAUCCAAUAAACAAUUCCAUCAAUAUUUAUUUAGACACUGUGAACAUCUUUAUAAGAAUGGUAAGCCUUCUUUCUGGAGGUGGUGGAAAACGCAAGUAGAUGCAUCAUCCUAUUGAAAAUCAAAAAUGUUUCUAUCAUGAUAAUACUUUAUCAAAGUCGAAUUACUGGAUUUGAUAGGAACAAAUUUAAAUUGAUCAUAGCAAGUUAUUAAGUAAAUAUUUUUAAAUUAAUUAUUAAAUAUAUCUAAGUUAAUAGCGACUUGUAAAAUGGUAAUAAAUUAUUGUUUAUGUAAAUUAAUAAAAAAAUUUAUUGUCGA